ACCGUAGUGCGCUGGGUAUGACGUCACGAGCAAAACAAGGAGGACCACAAGCGAUUGUUUAGAAGCUAACUGGGUUGAACGCUUAAUGCUGCUCAUUUGCUAAGCUUAAAAUCGGUCACUCAAGGAAUUCAUGAACACAAGUGUAAAUAGAUCAACACGUGAGGCUUGACUAUGGUUCCCAUAAUUAGUUGUUGUGUAAUGUUACGGUUUGUUGACGUUUUUACGCAGUUACCGUUCGAUAGCAUACGAAUGCUACCGUUAAGCUAACUAGUCACAUUAGCUGGCUGGGUAACAAUCUGAAUUUAGCAUUAAGGCACUUUGUAUCAAUAAAUAGCUCGUUGGGCAUCGUUAGCCCAGCCUUUUAACGUUCAUAAUGGAAUUAAUAUCUGUUCAUUAAGUUAGCCUGAAACACCCACACCAAGGAGUUAAUGUAAAGCAAUGGUGUUACGUUAAAGCGUAAACAACCCGUGGUGGUAUUCUCCGAGAAGAAAUAUUAUAUACGUGUCUAUUUUUCUCACAAACACGCGGGACUCAGUUAUAAGACACGAGACCCUGACAGUCAAUCAUGUCGGACCUGGAAACCCUCAUUGUAACUUUCCAGACCCAGCUGUCGGAUGUAAUGGAGACCGUAGUAAAGACAGCCAUGUACGAGGUCACGAAGUUGGUCGAGGAGGGCUUCUUGGAGGAGAUGCAGUGCAGGAACCGGGAGGUGGAGUCCCUGAGGAUGCAGUUGCGAUGGGCUGAGACCAAAUUAAGUGACCAAGGGGUGAAAGGGAGGAAAGCUGGGAGGUGUACCGACUGUUCAAAGGAUGAUUUAGAGCUGUCCAGUAAUACUGAAGAAGAAAGGCCCACAGAACAGCAAGAUGACAUCUUUGGGGGCUGUGGUGUAAAAGAAGAAGAUGACUCCGUAGAAAGGUGGUCAAUAAGCUGCACACAGGAGGUCAUACCAGAGUCAACACAGGCAGAAGACCCUCCUACAUCCACUUUCAGUCCUGCGAUGAAGUCACUGACGACAGAAGAGGAUUAUUUGUUGCCAGCGGUGGAUGUGAAAGAUGAAAAUUCAAAUAAGCCAUCUGGUUUUUCUCUGCAUUGGAGUGGUCCUCUUAAUGGUGAAGCAGAACUUGAAUCCCACAGCGCCACUGAGAAGACAGAGGCACAACCAAAACAGCCCCAAGAGAACAGUGAGAAACUAUUGAGGGAUGUUAUUAAGCAAGACCCACAGGUGUCUGCUGCAUACGUCUUCCUUGAAGACCAUGAGGACACGCACAUGACCACAGAUCCAGCUUUAGUGGAGGACAGUGGUUGGGCUAGCAUGACUGUCACAGCAGCUGGUUUACUGCAGAAUCACAGACUUGCAACCGAACAGGACUGUGAUCCAGUCCAAACUAGAGGACCUCUAAAUCAAACAGAACACGAGCUGUCCGACUGCGUCACAGCACAUGUUGAUGUUCUGGUUACCCCAAAUGGAGACCAGAUUUCAUCCUCAGUGUCCCCUAUGUCAAGACUCCAAAACAGUGAUGCGUUGGGUGUGUCUAUCAAGCAGGAGUUAAUUAUCGAUUCGGAUGGGUGUGUGGAAAGCGAGCCUAACAAAAAGAAAAUGACAAAGUCUAGGAUGGCAUCUUUUUCAUGCUCAGUAAAACAGCACAGAGGGAGUUCAGAAGCACUGAAGCAGAACCGCAUAUCCCACAAAAACACUGUGCAGGAGGUUAUGAAGCUACAUUCCAAAGUGGGUACAGGCCUCAGAUUGCAAGCUGCUAUACAGCACCUCCACAGGCCGAUGAAAAAGGCCUCUCACACAUACUCAAACAGUGGUAACGCAGCACUGUCUAUAGCUCACUCUCAUGUUGCAAACUUAAAUUCCCUCACCAGAACUUCCAUCCACAUCUGAAGCGUCCUCCUCCUCCACUCUCAGUCCAGCGAGUUCACCUGAACGACAAAAUGUCCGCAGCACAUAAUCGAACUGGUGGCCCGUGGGUCAACAUCAAAACACACCCGUCUGCAAACUCCCUUUGCAGCAACCCCUUACCCCAUCCGGACUCUCACCCUCAUGCUGGCCCCAGGCACCUCCUGCGCUGCGGCCAGUGUGGGAAGUGCUUUCCCCACCCCAGCAACCUGAAGGCCCACUUGCUAACUCACACAGGUGAGCGGCCUUUCUGCUGCGCCCUCUGUGGUCGCAGCUUCACCAAGCUGAGCAACCUCAAGGCCCACCGACGGGUGCACACAGGAGAGAGACCGUACUGCUGCGUGGCCUGUGGCAAACGCUUCACCCAGAAAUGUAACCUGAAGCGCCACCAGAGAAUCCACCUGGAUGAAUGAUGAUGGAGAGCAAGUGAUGUAAGGACAAGUGUGGUGUGUUUCUCUUGGAUUAAGAUGCUGCAGUGUUUCUAUUGCAAUGUUUAAAAUUGGAAAAAAUCCUUCUUGUGUACUCGUCUCUUGAGUGAUUGUACCAAGUUGUCAUGUGCAUUCCAGAAAGAUUGAUCUAGUAACUUGUUGUAGUGUUAUUAAAGGAUGAAAGGCAGUGUGUUGUGAGUCAUGCAGAGAUAGGUAAAUUGUCAAUAAAUAUUUAUUCUGUGAAUUCAAGUCCAACAAAUGAUUCCACUCAAUUGUGCCUUGUUUUUGAGCACAAUUGACACACUUACUGUAUAACUGACCAUGGAUCAGAGCCCGUAUUUAUUAAUCUGCUCUUCAUUUUUAUUUAAGCUCACAAACUUAAAUAAAAGUUAUUCAUCAAA